AUGACAACUUUCGAUUUCUUUUUAAAGAGCAAGGUGGAGAACAACAAUUUCUGUUGCGGCGGUGAACCGCAGAAGCCGCGCGAACCGGAAGUGCACAAAUACAUAGUGUUUAGUCGGGGUCAAGACGAGCUCAGUUUGCUCGAAGAUUACGAAGACGCACAACGCGAGCGAGACGCGACCAGCGAUCAAUUCGACGACGUCAUAUCAGCGGCUAUGGCGAUCAUGCACAUGUCGAAGUAUCCCCCGACUCGUUCUUCCCAAGCGGAACGUGAAGCGGCCACGCCUUCACGAACAUCGUCCGCGACAUCGCCUGCGUCCGCGACCGCGACCACGACCGCGAAAGCAAACGUGCCACUUCCUCGAAUAGACAUACCGAAAUUCGACGGUAAAUUGGAGAAGUGGGUGGAAUUCAAGGACGCGUUCGAAACAUUGAUUCACGCGCACACCGGGCUAAGCGACGUGGAAAAAUUAACUUACCUCCGGCUUUCGUUAAUCGGCGCGGCCCAACGAACGAUAGCGUCGUUCUCAAUGAGUCGCGAUAAUUAUACGGCGGCAUGGGAGCAAAUUGUAGAAGCGUACGACAACAAACGCGCGUUGAUCAUGCGCCACGCCGAAUUAAUUGUCGACAUGCCCACCAUGCCGGACGACUCACCGGAGUCCAUACGCGACGCGAUAGACCACAUGCAGUCGCACCUACGAUCGUUGACUGCACUUGGACGUUCCGAAGCUGAACAGCGGGACGAUCUGUGCGUGGCGAUUCUCAACAGAAAGCUAGGACCGAAGACGAGACACACAUGGGAGCAAACACUGACCGACACCGAAAUGCCCAGCAUCCACAGCUUCUUGAAGCAUUUAAGGAUUCAAUCGCACCGCGGAAAUCAGUUUGAGACGACGCCGAAUCGAAGCGAACCGCAUUCGAACUGGAGCCGCACGCACGAGAACGCCAAGCCCGCGGAACGUCGACCAGAGCGCAGACCGGAGCCGAGAAGGUAUCCAGCGCGAAAAUCGGCACCUCCACCGCGCAACGCUAAUCGGCAGACGUUCGCGACUACCACGACCAACACCGGUCGCAAGUCGCCAUCAUCGCCGAACAGAGACAAUUGGGAAACCGUCCCAAGAAAGUCUAAUAACGGUCGUAAAUCGCCACCACCGUCACCACGCGCGAAUAGACGGCAACAAUCGACGAAACCGGCCGAAACAAAUUGCAGAAUAUGCAAAAACGGGGCACACCACGCGUACCAGUGCCACGUAUUUCUGGGAAUGCCCACGUACGAACGGGUGCAGGCAGCUCAGAACGCGAACUUAUGUUUGAACUGCCUUCGUUCAGACCAUCCGACGAACGAUUGCAAAUCGGGCAGAUGUCGCGUGUGCAACCAUCGCCACAAUUCGAAGUUGCAUCAGGAAUCCGCGUCGCGAUCGGAAAGUCCGAUAUGA